CUCACGCGUAGGCCCGGCCCACUAGCAUCUCUGUAAUGCCAACACGUUUUCACAUUGGGACUGAAAGCAAUACACCCAGGUAGGGUGAACUUGCAUGUAUUCUGAUAACAUAUUUAACCUGAGCUGGCAUUCUUAAACUGUUUCACCGGACGCAGAACAAACGAACGUUGUCCUUAGAUGACCCACGACCCAAGGCUCACCCGGGCUUGGCGGACUUUAAAAUCUAUACUUUCAAUAGCGGUGGAGCAAUACGUCCAAGUUCACGCCGUAGAGGAAGUCUUUUUAUAGUUGACAAUAGGAAUUUCAUCCAGAGUGUUCAAGAAACUACUUAGAGGUUGACAACAAGAAAAGAAGACUCAGAAACUGUCUGCAGGUAGUUUCUGUGCUGAGAUAUUCAUACGUUAUAUAUCAGCGGACUACACAAAGUAUCCAACUCGAGGGGUCUCGUUAGCUCGCCUUGUCACCUCAGCCUCUACAGAAAUCAGUGGGACCUAUCAACUACCAUUUUGACAACAAUAUUAGGAACAGCUGAUGCCAAAGUAGCCGUUGAUUAGAAACUGAGGGUUUGUGCACCAGAGUUAAUCCUUUAUUAAAUCCGUACGGGUUAGGGUUAGUGUGACGUACUUGGGUCAAAAUCUAGGACGGGGUUUACCUGUCCAAAUCAACGGUAACUGGACCUACCCCCUGAUAUCAAAGUAGCCUCUAAAAGUACACGAAAUUGAAGGAUACAAUAAUUUUUAAAAGACUACUAGGCGACCCUGCGGGCAGAGAGUAAAGUUGACAACCCUGUAUGCUAGGAGACUCUCUUGCACAGGACACCGGGAAGAGCGACUAGGACAUGAUCCAGUAAGAAAUAUGGAGAGUAAGAAACACUACGUUAUCGCAGUGACGGUGGCAGUGUUAGCGUGCGUGGCCCUGUAUCUUUACCCGUCGCCAAUACAGCCAGAACCCUUCACCUAUCCCCCCGCUCCCCGACUGGAAGGCGCGCUAGCAGUGAACUACAAGUUACAGAAGGCGGAGAGGUGGUUCGAGGGUCGAUUAGCCGGACCCGAGUCCUUCACGGUGGAUAAAAACGGUUAUAUAUACACAGGUCUGAAUGACGGUAGAUUAGUCCGAUUUCACGGCAAUCACUUGGAGGAAUUGGGAAGAACUGGACAGAAUUUGACGGAAUGUGGGACACUGGCGUACGAGCCCAUGUGUGGUCGACCCAAAGGAAUGAAGAUCGGGCCGGACGGGCACUUGUACUUUGUGGACGCAUACCAAGGAUUGAUGCGCCUUAACCUCCCCAGUCAGGAGAUGGAGACGCUAGUACCGAGCGAGAAUGGAUCCGAGGGGCUUCCCUUUCGUUUUCUGAACGGUCUGGAUGUGUCCAAGGACGGGGUGGUUUACUUCACGGACUCCACGCCUAAGUGGCAGAGGAACCAAUACAAAUAUGCAGUAUUAGAGACCAAUGCAAUGGGCAGACUUCUCGCAUACAACGUAAAAACCAGAAAGGUUCGGACGCUGUUAACUGGACUCUAUUUGGCCAAUGGUGUGGCGGUCAGUAGUGACCAGAGCUAUGUUCUGGUGGUGGAGAUGACCGCGGCCAGGAUAACCAAAUUGCACCUCAAGGGUUCUAAGGCAGGUGUGCGAGAAAUUCUGGCGGAGAACUUGCCUGGCUACCCGGACAACAUCAACCCCACCCCCCAAGGGACGUUCUACGUGGGGCUGACGGCGCUGCGGUUCGAAGGGAUGAGCCGGUUUGGGCCUUUUGUUGAUUUAACUGCCCCCUUCCCUGGUCUCAAAAGGUUCAUUGCCAAGGUAGCUGCUCGCCAAGUAUACUAUUUCAGGGAGAGUAAGAAACACUACGUGAUAGCAGUGACGGUGGCAGUGUUAGCGUGCGUGGCCCUGUAUCUCUACCCGUCACCAAUACAGCCAGAACCCUUCACCUAUCCCCCCGCUCCCCGACUGGAGGGCGCGCUAGCAGUGAACUACAAGUUACAGAAGGCGGAGAGGUGGUUUGAGGGUCGAUUAGCCGGACCCGAGUCCUUCACGGUGGAUAAAAACGGUUAUAUAUACACAGGUCUGAAUGACGGUAGAUUAGUCCGAUUUCGCGGUAAUCACUUGGAGGAAUUGGGAAGAACUGGACAGAAUUUGACGGAAUGUGGGACACUGGCGUACGAGCCCAUGUGUGGUCGACCCAAAGGAAUGAAGAUCGGGCCGGACGGGCACUUGUACUUUGUGGACGCAUACCAAGGAUUGAUGCGCCUUAACCUCCCCAGUCAGGAGAUGGAGACGCUAGUACCGAGCGAGAAUGGAUCCGAGGGGCUUCCCUUUCGUUUUCUGAACGGUCUGGAUGUGUCCAAGGACGGGGUGGUUUACUUCACGGACUCCACGCCUAAGUGGCAGAGGAACCAAUACAAAUAUGCAGUAUUAGAGACCAAUGCAAUGGGCAGACUUCUCGCAUACAACGUAAAAACCAGAAAGGUUCGGACGCUGUUAACUGGACUCUAUUUGGCCAAUGGUGUGGCGGUCAGUACUGACCAGAGCUAUGUUCUGGUGGUCGAGAUGACCGCGGCCAGGAUAACUAAAUUGCACCUCAGGGGUUCUAAGGCAGGUGUGCGAGAAAUUCUGGCGGAGAACUUGCCUGGCUACCCGGACAACAUCAACCCGACCCCCCAGGGGACGUUCUACGUGGGGCUGACGGCGCUGCGGUUCGAAGGGAUGAGCCGGUUUGGGCCUUUUGUUGAUUUAACUGCCCCCUUCCCUGGUCUCAAAAGGUUCAUUGCCAAGGUAACGCCAUUGAGACUCUAUGACUACUUUAUUAGUAAGCGAGCCAUGUUUAUUGAGAUCGACCAAAAUGGAGAAAUAGUGCAAAGUUUUCACGACCCAGAUGGUAGCGUCAUAGGAUAUGUAGCAGAGGCUUUUCCACAUGACGGGAAGAUUUUCCUUGGGCAUUUUUCUCAACCUUACAUUGGAGUACUUUCAAUGGAUAAGCUAUAAGCUUAUGUCUGAAUGUUAUAUAGAUCUAAAUACAUCCCGACGAUUAAUUGUUUAAAACAAAUGUCUACGGCGCGCCAUCAGACAACAAGAAUGGUUUUGAAUGAUCAAAUAAAAUAACAAUGAUACCUAAUAAGAAUACGUUUAAAUAUUGUAUGUAAAUACUAUAAUAAAAUACGAAGAAAGCAAUCAUAAUAAAUCAGGAAUUUCAGAAGUAGAUUCACACUGGUGUUAUCCUUUCACCACGGAUAUUUUAAUCCAUGUCUGUUAUUUAAACUUGUUGGUUUGAUGGCGCUUUUUAGACUUAUAUCCGUUUUAAAUAAAGCCUUGUGUGAACGGGCCUUGGUGCAAAUUAAGAGCGUAGCUGUUGGACGAGCUGGAGGAUACAUUCACAUCUUUUACAUUACCUGGGUAACAUGCAACUAAGAUUAUCUACCAGCAGAUGCAAGUAUCAGUAACUGCCUCAAAAUGACCAGGGGAUACUUUGAUAAAGCUCAAAGGAAAUCGAUUCCAGAUUUAGAGCAGUGAAAGCUUUUAUUUAAAAAAUGACAAAUAUUUAUGUAAUAUGUUGUAUUUAAUACUUUGUGAUUUAGCACUUCACUGUAUUUCCAUCUUAGUUAAUGUGUGUUUGUCCGUCUGUCUGAAAUGUCGA